GAGCCAUGGGCCGGCCGCGGGUCUCGUAGUUAGCCGGGGCCUCUGCGGGCCUCGCGGGGGCCUCGCCCCCUCCUGUCAGCCAUGGCUGGGGCCGGCGGGGGCCGAGGCCGUGGGGAGCCGAGCCGGCGCGCGGGCCGCGGCGAGGCGCCAGGCCGACGGGCGGCGAGCCGGCGGGAGGACAAGGACGACACGUAGCGGCCAGGGCCGAGGCCAGGGCCGGUCAUCAUGUGGCUCAGCAGGGUGGCCAGGUCCGCGACCCCCAAGGCCAGCCCCGUGCAGUUCUACCGCGGCGGGGACGGCUCGGGCCGCGGCCGGUCGGCGGGCAGCAGCGGCGACUACCUGGCCGACACGGAGCUGGACGAGCAGCCCAGCCCCAGCACGCCCGCCGCCGGCCCGGACACCAGGGCCUCCUCGCCGAGCAUCCGGUCCGUGCCUGACGCGCUGAGCGACACGCUGCUCCUGGACACGCCGCCGCCCACGGUCCGGGUCAACUUCCCGGACGAGUCGCCCACCAGGUCGACGGACGGCGCCGGCGGCGGCAUCGCGGGCUCCAAGCGGGCGUCGCGCGCGCACCUCGCCGCGUACAGCGGGCGCCGACGCUCCACCCGCUCCAUGAGCGCCUGGAGCGACGUCUCCUGGAGGCUGGACGACAGAGUGCGAGUCGAAUACUAUGUGAAUGAGAACACCUUCAAGGAGCGACUGCAACUAUACUUCAUCAAAAACCAACGUUCUAGUUUACGGAUACGAAUAGUAGAUUUGGUCUUCAAAUUGUUAACAUGUGUCCUGUACAUCCUAAGAGUCGUCACGGACCUCGAUCCCAUCUACGCGUCAUGCUACGGCUGCACCGUGACGGCCGCCGACAAGAUGCAGUUCAUCGAGUCCAAGAACUUGACGGAGGAGAUGUUCCAGGAGAACCCCAUCAUCAACUGGGACGCCAUCUGGUGGGUGAGCCGGCCGACGUACCUGUGGGUGGUGCAGGUCGUGCUGGCCAUGAUCAGCCUCACGGAGGCGCUGCUACUCGCCUACCUCGGCUACAAGGGGAACAUCUGGCAGCAGCUCCUAUCUUUCCACUUCAUCCUGGAGAUAGUCAACACCAUCCCCUUCAUGUUCACGCUCUUGUAUCCACCACUUCGCCACCUCUUUAUCCCCGUGUUCCUCAACUGCUGGCUCGCCAAACAAUCUCUUCAGAAUAUGUUCAACGACUUGCACCGUGCCAUGCAGAAGUCACAGUCAGCCCUCUCGCAACAACUCAUGAUCCUUUCUGCUACACUUCUCUGUCUAGUUUUUACAAGCGUGUGCGGCAUCCAACACUUCCAGCGCGCGGGGCAUCGCCACCUCAACCUGUUCCAGGCCACAUACUAUGUGGUGGUCACCUUCUCUACGGUGGGGUACGGUGACUUUGUACCGGACAUCUGGCCGUCGCAGCUCUACAUGGUUAUCAUGAUCUGCGUCGCGCUCAUCGUACUGCCCACGCAGCUGGAGCAGCUUGCCUUCACCUGGAUGGAGCGGCAGAAGCUUGGCGGGUCGUACUCGUCGCACCGCGCGCAGAGCGAACAGCACGUGGUGGUGUGCUCCACCACCCUGCACGCCGACACCAUCAUGGACUUCCUCAACGAGUUCUACGCGCACCCGCUCCUCCAGGACUUUUAUGUGGUGCUGCUGUCCCCCAUGGAGCUGGACACGACGAUGCGGAUGAUCCUGCAGGUGCCCAUCUGGGCCCAGCGCGUCAUCUACAUCCAGGGCUCGUGCCUGAAGGACGCCGAUCUUGCCCGCGCCCGGAUGAACGAGGCGGAGGCGUGCUUCGUGCUGGCCGCGAGGAAUUACGCCGACAAGACGGCUGCUGACGAGCACACAAUCCUGCGCUCCUGGGCCGUCAAGGACUUUGCGCCCAACGUGCCGCAGUACGUGCAGAUCUUCCGGCCGGAGAACAAGCUGCACGUCAAGUUCGCCGAGCACGUCGUGUGCGAGGACGAGCUCAAGUAUGCGCUGCUGGCCAACAACUGCACCUGCCCGGGGACGUCCACUCUCGUCACGCUGCUCCUGCACACCUCCAGAGGACAGUGAGUCUCUCUCUCUCUCUCU